ACUCUGGCAUUCUUCAUCGUUCAUCUGACCAUGCGGUGAGGUGAUGCAGGGAGCUAUGCCAGCAGAAAAUGAAUCAUUCGUUAUGGUGCCAAAAUUUUGACCUGGUGUGUGGGCCACAGGAGACAUUCUUAGACUCUGUCCAUAAUGAAUGGAGAAGGAAUGGCUUCUUCACCCAGAGAGUCCUCUUCUAAUACAGAUGGGAUGGAUUGCCACUGGAGGAACAUGUGCUUUGCUGUUCAUUUCAGAAGCCCCGGCAGCCAGCUGGUUUUCAAGAUCAUAAUGCAGCAGGAAAAUGAAAAACCAUAGAAGACGUUUGCUUUGGAAAAGAAGUCGGUUGCUGGCCCAGUCUAAAAAAUGGACCUCUGGAUUUGGGGACCUUGGGAAAUACUGCUUCCAAAAGCAAUUUUUCCUAGCUAAGAAGAAAAGACAGAGUGCACAGCUAAUUGUGAGCUUAAAUCACAGCAAACUGUACAGAAGACUGCAGUGCAGAAGGAAGCCACUUGAGCUCCAAAGCAGGUGGGCUUCUGAUGUGCCUCUAAAUGCAGAAACUUAUCAAAAACCUUCUGUUGAACAAUACAACUUUCCUUACAAAGCUACAGAGAGCAAAAAGAUUCUGUCCCUGUCACAAAGCUGAAAGUUCAUCUGGGAAGCAGUAAGAAAACUCAACAAUGAAUCCUUUCAGAGUGGAUGUCCCUUGAAUGAAGAAUUUGAAACUGUUACUGUUCUUAAUAGCAUCUCUGGCAAUAUCCAUUAUGUCUGAUGUGGUUCUGUCUUACCUGUAAAGAAAAAGGGUUUUGUAUAUAGUGGGGAAAAGAGCAAUAAUAAUGAGGGCAACACAGUCCUAGUAGUUUUAAACAACUAUAAAAGGAAAUGCUGUUGCAAAGGGUGUGGAAUGGAACUUGUGGCCCCUUGACAACUAUAAAGCGGUCCAAAUUUAACCAUCAUACUGUAAAAAAGAGAUCUUUAUUUAUGAUGCAUAAGAAACUUUCUAUGGUUAGGUUUCGGUAUAGAAUUGUAAAAUCCACAGAACUUCGAUCAAGAGGCAAAACCUUCAAAUUGGGAAAAAUCAAGCGAAGGUGGGUGAAGAAAGUUACGAGGGACCAUCAAGAGACUCUCCAAGAUUUUGAAAGUGGAUUGUGUAACUGGCUUUCCUACUGGAAAUCUAAAAGUAACCGUCUUUUGAACCAGUGCAGCUUAUCAGAUAUGAACAAUAAUACACCCAAAUCUGUAGGUGAGGAGAAUGAAAUAUGUGCAUCUGAGAUCUGCCAUUCACGGGACACACUGCUGUGUGCUGAGACAUCUUCUAAGGGGCCAGAAUCCGGAGGGCAGGAUGGCAGUGCAGAUGCUGUCCCACCAGAACUACAUGCCAGAGCUUCUCCAGAGGCAGAGGCGUUGCAUGAGGUGGAGACCAACGGGGCUGUGGCAGAGGAUCAUUGCUCUGAUAUUGUUGUCUCCGUGACAGGAAAAGAAAUUGAUGUUUCGAGUCAAGAUGAUGCAGAAUCUAAUGAGGUUAUGGGUGUAGAUGGAAUGGUACUGUUGCAAUCCUCCUUGCAGGAUUCUGAUGUCAAUGAUAAUUUUGCAAAUGGACCUUUAUCCGUGGAGCUGGCACAAAAUGAGGACAGCUCUAGCCAAAUGGAAGUGGAGGGCUCCUUAAACCUGGACGUUUUUAGUGCAAAGUUACUAGAUCACCCUUAUUGUAAAAGUCCUCUUGAGGAGCCUUCACCAGAAAGCACAGGACUAAAAUCAGGAACUCGGAAGGGAGGCAAAAGGAACAGUCAGAAACCUUCCCGGGUGGCUGAUGAGCAGUUGGCAACGUGGCUUUGUGGAUUCCUAGAUGAAGUUAUGAAGAAAUAUGGCAGUUUAGUGCCACUUUGUGAAAAAGAUGUCAUGGGAAGAUUAAAAGAAGUCUUUAAUGAAGAUUUCUCACACAGAAAACCUUUUAUCACCAGGGAAAUCAUGAAGUAUCGGGAAAAACAUCCAAAAACCUCCACUUGCAAUUUCCGGGUCUUCUAUAAUAAGCACAUGCUAGAUAUGGAUGAUUUAGCUACGCUGGAAGGCCAGAACUGGCUGAAUGACCAGAUAAUUAACAUGUAUGGUGAACUUAUAAUGGAUGCAGUCCCUGAAAAGGUUCAUUUCUUUAACAGCUUUUUUCAUAGACAGCUGGUAACCAAAGGAUAUAAUGGGGUAAAACGAUGGACUAAAAAGGUGGACUUGUUCAAAAAGACUCUCUUGUUGAUUCCUAUUCACCUGGAAGUCCACUGGUCCCUCAUUACUGUGAACAUCCCCAGUCGGAUUAUUUCAUUUUAUGAUUCCCAAGGCAUUCAUUUUAAGUUUUGUGUAGAGAACAUUCGAAAGUAUUUGCUGACUGAAGCAAAAGAGAAGAAUCACCCAGAGUUUCUUCAGGGUUGGCAGACUGCUGUGACAAAGUGCAUUCCACAACAGAAAAAUGACAGUGACUGUGGGGUUUUUGUGCUCCAGUACUGCAAGUGCCUCGCCUUAGACCAGCCUUUUCAGUUCUCCCAGGAAGAUAUGCCCCGAGUGAGAAAAAGGAUUUACAAGGAGCUGUGUGAGCGCCAGCUAAUAGACUAAUAAAAUGCAACGAACCUAAUUUCUCUGGCAUUUCUGACAAGUUGAAGCUGGUGUUUGUGUACUUGAAUUUCUGAAAACUUCCGUGAAUUUUGAGUGAUUCUCAGCUGAGUGGUGUGGCCACUGUUGUUACCUCAAUUUUUUGACAAGCUCUUUAACAGGCAGAACAUAGCAGAGCUGUCAUAAAAUAUUCCUCAUGUCAGUUUGGUUCUCUUCUGUUCUUUCCUGUAUUUAAUAUUUAUUAUCUCAGCAUGCAUAUAGGCAGAGCAUGCAACUAAAACCGUAAAACUGUAGAUUUGGUGCACCUUUGAGAUGUAGCUAGAGAUGACAAAUACAGGUGAUUUUUGUCUGGAAACAUAAAGAUGCAUGAUAUGUUUUCUGACGCAAUAAUGCUUUGAAUGUAUCAAAAGAAAAAUCAAUGCCAUAAAAAGAACAGCUAGAACCUAUUGAUAGUUCCAUUGUCCCUGUUGUGGCUGUAUGAUACUGAAUUACCACCUUUUAGAGUGGCUAACUCAUUUACAAAUUUAAUUUGUGAAGAACCCUUUUUUAAAUAUCUCAAGUUGCUAAUAAAGUUUGUUCUGUUAACAUUAAUCCAGCUGUCAUUAUCAGCCUGUCCCUUUAGAUAAAAAGCAGCCUUUGCACAAAUAAAGCUUCGGCACUUGUCUAUAUAAUAGAAAGUACAAAGGUGUUCAGUCUGUCAGAUUGAUGGUAUAUUCCUAUAUGUUACAGAAGCCUCCAUGAUGUGUGUAUUAAGGAGAAUUGUAACGCUGGCCCUGAAGAGUCACAAUUUAGAUAGUAAGAUAAGCUCCUCAGCUGUAACUGUUUAAAUCUCAGAUGGCUUUGAGUAAUUUUUCAGUUUCACAAUAUGCAGUGAAAUGUUCUGUUUCAGCAUCUCUCCUUUCAGCUCUGUCUUCAAAUGAAUUUCCUUCAAGCUUGUUAUGUUUAACCUCCCAUUGGCUUUUGCCUUUGUUCAAAUAUAAAUUAAUUCAUCUCUGCUGCAUCUGCUCUUUGAUUGUCUCAAAUAUCCCUAGUUUUGUUUGUGUUUAGUAGCACCGAUGGGUCUGGUUGGGAGUAACAGCACUUGUAGUGAGUGCUGUACAAACACAAGAAGAUUAUGUAGUUCUGCUCCUGAGGCAUGGGAAGCUGAGUCCAGCACUGAAUUUGCUGGGUUGUUGCACUGGGCAGGGCUAAGACGAGAGACUUUUGGGUUUUUUACCUUGAUCUGAAAACUAUGAUGUUCUCCUUGUUUUGUUUGAAGAAACUAUUGUAUAUGGGAUUGCUAAAGCAGAAAAUCUUUGCUGUGUUUUUUCUACCAGAUAAAGGAGUGAGCCCAGAGGAAAACUAUUUUCAAUGCUAAACAUCAUCUGUUGCACAGCUUCACUUUUUGUCUCUCCAUAGCCUUGACUUCUGGUGGAGGAAAACCACUUUGAGUUCUCUGUAUCACAAAUUACUUCAGGCCUGAGCUAAACCAGGUGCAAAUCCCUCCUAGAUUACAAGAGAAAGUAGGGAGAACUGAAGAAGAGCCAAGCAGAGUCAGGCCAGGAGAUGGAAGCUUGUCCAUGCUGUUGUGCCAGAGAAGGAGAUCCUGCAGUAUCUUUGUGUGUUCCCACUUACCCUUGUUGGCAGAUGACAAGGACUGGCUUAACAUAGCAAGAUAAGGGUCUUAAGCACUUGGUUAGAUAAUUGAAUCAGGAAGAAUAGUAAGACCUGGACUGACUAAACAUGCAUUUGGCCAUUGUGGUGCAGAGCACCCCACAGCACAUGGUUUCUUUGUGUUUCUGAAGUGUUACUGAUACAAACAGCAGCACCUUCUUGGGGCCAGUGACUGUGAGCAGUGGAGGGUGACUUGCAAACAAAUAAAAAACUUGGGAUGUCAUUUCUCUUAUGCUAGGGGAAGAACAUGCAAGCCAGUGCUGCUCUUCCUGCCUUCUCCCUGCUCUGAUAGCACAGGGAUGGCAUAAAUGCUUAUGCAACCAUGUGGUAGGAGCAGCUGAACCGAUCUGGGUUAAGACUAACCCAGCCAAAAGGCUGCUUUAACCAAGAGGACAGAGGAGUUGUCACCUCAGUGGUAACUUGUCACCGGGUGCCUAUGAACAAAGAGAAUUGGGUGGCCAGGAAGAGGCAUGAAAGCAGUGUGCCAGCUUUGGUUGCAUGCAAGUGAAGCUGUAUCUUCAAGCAAGGCUCCCUGCAGCAAGAGGAAUACAGAAAGGGAGCUGCAUAAGCAAGUUGACUGUAUUUUCAGAACUCAAAGAGUUUGGUAGGGAAGCUUGCAGAUGUGCUUCUUACAGUGCACCAGCCUGGGGGACUCGGUGCUCCCAAGGAAGAUCCUUGUUUUUUCUAGAAGUUGUCUUGUUGAUGGGUAUUUUUGAUUGGAGCACCAUGCGACCGGCAGUCCUUUUCUGAAACUUGGUGUGUAUUACUGAUGUGUAGGAACCCAUCUUCCUCUAUAUGAGAGGUUGUGAGGAGUCCUUAAUCAGGAUCCUUUUAUCAGUGGCAUCAGUAUUUCUAUGAACUAUGCGUUUAGCAGGAACUUGGAUGCUUUAAAGGAAGCUCAUAUGUGUACCAGAUCGUUUGAGGGAAGGGGGAGCUUACAUUUGAAUCUGCUGCCUUGUGAAUUGGGGAACAGGGUGGGGAAGGAUGCUUGUUGGAAAGUACUUCUUAUGUGCUUUCCUGUCAUCUAGAGGUUUGCUGACAAGUGUUCCAGUUGGUUAUGGGGCAGUACAGAGGAGCUGCACUUGAGUCUCCAGCUGUGAACACACCAGUGAGAGGCCUCAGAAAAAAAAAAAGGAGGGGAAAUUGAAAACAGAGCUAAUGUAAGCAAAGUAUGUUGGUGCAGGGUUGAAAUUAAUCACAGGCAGUCAGAAUCUCAGACUCUGUAAUGAUGUAUCCUGUGAAACUGGACUAAUUAACUCCUCCUUGAAGAAUGUCUUUGAUGCCUUCAAGGAGAUGGACUCCAUAAUCUGUAGUCAUUUUACCAUUUCUUAAAACAUUCAGAACUAUGUGGAGUGUUUUUAUUACGAGAGGCACAUUUAUGUGGAUGUAGUUACGACUGUUAGCAAUUCCAUUAAUGUGAUCUUCAGAAUUUCAUAAAUCACUCUGAGCUGGUUUGGCUGAUGCAUAAAUUUCACAACUUGUUCCAAAGAGAUUGUCUGAUUUAUACAAACAGUCCCAGAACUGGUGAAGCCUCCAUCUCACGUGUGACAAAGCUGAGCUGUAGUAAACCUUAAACAGAAUUGGAAAUAAAUUCAGUUUCCAUUUUGUUUGCUUUAAUCUGUAGCUUUAAAUGACUGUGCAAAUUGUAUAAAUCAAAAAAUGCAAAAUGUGGCCUUGAUUCUGCAAGGUAGGUAGAAAAAUGCCUGUUGCUGAGCUGCUAGGUACUUGCAGAAUGGAGGCUGGACUUCUGUGCUUUCUGAUGCGCUGUUGCUCUGUUCUUACCUGGCCCUCUUUGAGUGUGAAGUUGAUACUUUAAAUGCUUCAUUUGCACUGAAAGCAGAGCCAUGCUGGCUUGCAAAGUGUUGCUGGCUUGUGUGGAAUCUUUAGCAUAAUGCUUAACCUUUCUUUACUUUCCUCGAGUUUUGAUUGGCAUUAUUUACUGUAGCAUUUAUUCAGGUUGAUGGGAAAAUUUAGGCCUUUGGAAGUGAUGUAGACUUAGCUCCACCGAGCAACAACUGUGUUUUGUGGGUGUGUUCUUGCAUUGAAUGAAGCCCAUGUAAUAAAAUUGAGUUUUACCAUAAACCCUA